AUGGUACAGCACCCGGAUCACCAUCACAAUGCACUGUCCCAGACAGUGUCUCUGGGCUCCGCACAAGGAGAGGUUGACCCAAGGGACCUGCCUUUCCGCACCCUGACGGACAACGCCAAUGUCGAAGAAUACGUCAACGAGACACAGACCGGCGAGAUCAUCAAGCCCGUUCGAACGGCCGAAGGAAAGACAGAAGACUACAAGCUGGUUACCUUCCACAUCGACGACCCCGAGAACCCCAAGAACUGGUCCAAAGCGAAGAAGUGGUACGUGACCAUGGUGGUCGCCUUUACGUGCUUCGUCGUCGCGUUCGCCAGCAGUGUCAUCACGGCCGAUAUCGAAGGCCCCGCGGAGACAUUCGGUGUCUCGCGAGAAGUCAGUCUCGUCGUUGUGACGGUGUUUGUCGUUGGAUUCGGCGUUGGCCCCAUGGCAUUCGCCCCCCUGUCCGAAAUGUACGGCCGAAGACCCGUUUAUGCCGUAACCCUCCUCCUGGCAGUCAUCUUCGUGAUCCCCUGCGCCGUCGCCAAGAACAUCGGAACCCUGAUCGUCUGCCGCGCCAUCGACGGCAUCGCCUUCAGCGCCCCAAUGACCCUCGUCGGCGGCACCCUAGCCGACAUGUGGAAGAACGAAGAGCGCGGCGUGCCCAUGGCCGCCUUCUCCGCAAGCCCCUUCAUCGGUCCCGCCAUCGGCCCUCUAGCCGGCGGCUUCCUCGCAGACGCCACAGGCUGGCGCUGGCUCUACUGGCUAACGCUCAUCCUUGCCUUCGUCGCCUGGGUCCUCAUCACCUUCACGGUCCCCGAGACCUCCGCGCCCGCCAUCCUAGCCAAGCGCGCAAAGAAGCUGCGCAAGUCCCAAAACGACUCCACAUAUGUUACUGAGACCGAGCUGGACGCCCGCCCAAUGGCCGAACGCCUCCGCGUCUUCCUCUUCCGCCCCUUCCAGCUCCUCUUCCUCGAGCCAAUCGUCCUCUUCAUCUCCCUGUACAUGUCCGUCCUCUACGGCCUACUGUACAUGUUCUUCGUCGCAUACCCGAUCGUCUACCAAGGCGGCAAGGGCUGGAGCGCCGGCUCAACAGGCCUAAUGUUCAUCCCGCUCGCGAUCGGCGUGCUCAUGAGCGCGGCCUGCGCCCCCAUGGUCAACAAGCACUACCUCUCCCUGUAUGCCAAGUACGGCGGCAAACCGCCCGCCGAGGCGCGGCUGAUCCCAAUGAUGAUCUCCUGCUGGUUCAUCCCCAUCGGCCUGUUUAUUUUCGCGUGGACGUCGUACCCGAAUCUCCACUGGUUCGGUCCGAUGAUUGGUGGCUGGCCCGUGGGCUUCGGGUUUAUCUUCUUGUAUAACUCUGCGAAUAACUACCUUGUGGAUACGUACCAGCACCAAGCUGCCUCCGCCCUUGCAGCCAAGACCUUCAUCCGGUCGAUCUGGGGUGCGUCGACGGUUCUCUUUACGGAGCAGAUGUACGAGCGAUUGGGCGAUCAGUGGGCUAGCUCCCUGCUUGCGUUCAUUGCUCUGGCUUGCUGUGCGAUUCCGUACGUGUUCUACUUCAAGGGUGCGUCGAUCCGAAGGUACUCGCGGUUCGCGUUUGCGGAUGACGAGGAGGCGAUUGCUAGCAAGGCUUAG